AUAAACUUUAGAAGCUGUUUCUGGACUCUUGUUUAGCAAAAUGGUAAAUAAUGCAUCUUAAAAUGUGUGAAAAUGUUCUGCUCUCCAUAUGAAGUGCGUACUGGAAAUUACCGGCAGCUCUUCCACCCGGAGCAGCUGAUCACGGGAAAAGAGGACGCAGCUAACAACUACGCCCGUGGUCAUUACACCGUGGGGAAGGAGAUUAUUGACCUGGUUCUGGACAGGACCCGUAAACUGGCUGAUCAGUGCACCGGGCUCCAGGGCUUCCUCCUUUUCCACUCUUUUGGAGGAGGAACUGGCUCCGGCUUCACGUCUUUACUGAUGGAGCGGCUCUCUGUUGAUUACGGCAAAAAGUCCAAGCUUGAGUUUGCGGUGUAUCCGACUCCUCAGGUGUCCACCGCGGUGGUUGAGCCUUACAAUUCAAUCCUGACCACCCACACCACCCUAGAGCACUCUGACUGUGCCUUCAUGGUGGACUUGUUUAUGGGAUAAUAAUAAAGUUUUGUUGAAGAAGCAAGCAAAUGCCUUUUUAACUGAAUUACAGGUUCACUAAAACCUUGAAUUUAUAAACAUCCAAGCCCCCCCCAUCUGUAAGUCAUAAAUGGUUUGGGGUUAAAUUCCUGCUGCUUCUAGAUCACAACUGGCCAAUAAGCAGGACACUUAUUCCAGUGGAUCACCUGCCACUGCAGUGAACUCAAACCGGUCCUAGAGACUGCCACGUUUGUUUCACCAAUAAAGUGAAAGGUUCUGCUCUGAUUUUAUGCAGCUCCACUUUAAACACAACAUCCUGCUUUCCAUCCAUGUCAAACAGAAGAAUGCUUCUGUGGAAAGGAUCAGGAGCAAACAUCUGCUCUGGAUGCUCCAUCCCAGGUCCUGGACGCCUUCCAGUGUUCUGAAGUCCACCUAAGUCACUCAGACCUUCCAAAAUGAAGCCCAAUUCAGUCUGACAUGACCCACUUCUCCACUACACCUGCAGACUGUGUGGACUAUGUCAAUCAGGAUGCCUGCCUGUACCAUCACUAUGGAAACAGAUUCACUCAGAUGUGUUACUACUACUAAAUGAAACAAUACAUAACAAAACAGAUUUUAUUUGUCUGCCUUUGAUGCUCCUAUCUCCAGAGACGACUUACAGAAAGUGAUCACCAUGGAAACCCAAAGAGGACUGAUGCUGGUCUGAGGAGCUUUCUUACCUGCAGUGAAUGAGGAUUGGGCGGGACCGGCCUCUGUAUUCAUUUCUCUAGGAAAGAAAACAGGAAAAUCGAGAUAAUUUCUUUGUCUUUGAAGCAGACAAUAGUUUAAGGUUUUAAGAUUUGAUCCUAUAGCCCAAACUUGACCACAGAACCCAUAGGAUACUCCCAUGGGGAUUUGGGACACAAACUGAAGUCAAAUAUUUUAGCAGAGUGCAACUACUUCUCAGUUUGCAUAUAGCGUUUGGAAACACAUAAAAUAAAACAAUUAACUUACUUUUAAAUUAUUUUUUCUUCUGUCCGCUCUCCAUUUAUGAUGUGGAGAUCUUUAACAGAUAAAUGAACCAUGUUAUGGAGUCUGGAAAGCUUCAAGAAGGCAUGGACCUCCUCCAGGAAGCUAUCAAACACCAGCGAUCAGACAUCAACUCUACACCUUGUUGUAAUGUCAACCCUCAGGAGGAUUUUGACUCUUCAAGAUGGAGAUGUAUUCCUCUGAUGCCAAUACACCACGGUUAUAAAGGUUCUUCUGUCUUUCGUCUACUUAAAAGAACAAAAAAAAAAAAAAAUCGGUCCAGGAUGUGAAGGUAGGCUCGAUCUUGUUUUCUUAAGUCUCAGUGGAGAAUGAAGAGGUCGCUGGAAGUCGUAACAGACAAAAGCAGGAAUAGAGGAGGACUUUUUUUCCAUCUGCUGCAUGAUGGAGAUGUGUGCAGAUGGAGGAAAAACGUAUGAGGAGCCACAAAGUCACCAGGGGGCGCCAGAUCCUGGAUCUUGUUACAACACAUUAGUGUGUUUCCCAAAAAAAGUCAAUUGAAUUGGAGUUUUGUUUAAGACCAUCAUGACCAAAAAAAUAUUAAUAAAGUAAAUGACAAAUAUAGCAAAAAGUUUAAUAUGCAAAAAGGGGGUUUAUUCAAAUAAACCCCUGGUUUACAAAAAAGAAUAAAAAAGAACCUAAUAAUGAAAAGCAAAAACGACAAGAAAAAUAGAAAAAGAGUAAA